AAAUCUCAAACUUCCUCAAAACAAAAAAAUCCAUGGGUUACUUCUGGACUUUCCUCACAUACCUCAACACCAUCUCUGGGCCUACCAUCACUCUUUUGUAUCCACUGUAUGCUUCAGUUCAAGCCCUUGAGAGCCCUUCAAAGCUUGAUGAUGAACAAUGGCUUGCUUAUUGGAUCCUCUAUUCUUUCCUCACUCUUCUUGAAAUGAUUGCUGAUCCUAUUCUCAAGUGGAUACCAAUAUGGUACCAAAUGAAGGUUAUCCUUGUGGCAUGGUUAGUGCUUCCUCAAUUCAGAGGAGCUGCCUUUUUAUAUGAGAAGUUUGUGAGGGAGAAACUAAGGCAAAAUAAUGGAAUUGAUAAGGUUAAUGGUGACCAUGUUUCACCUUCACCUUCAUCUUCAUCUCCAAAGAAAGACAAGAAGAGGUUUUUGGCCUUUGUUACCUCCAAGAAGAGUGGUCAAGUUGAUUAAAGGAAUGUGAAAUGAAUCAAUGAUGUCUACAUGGGAUGUAACUUUAGUUCUUUUUCCCUUUUUAUUUUUGUUUUAUUUUUAUAAAGGAGUUACAUGUGUAAGCUUUUGCCUUACUUUGUUUACUUUUUUUUU